CGGCGGCCCCGCCCCGGCCUGGACCGAGGUCUGAAGGAUGCUGCAGCCCCGGGGGCGGGACCCGCAGGCGAUCCCCGGCGCCUCCCGUGCGGAUUGGGUGCAGCGGUGACCGGCGCCGCGCUAUUGGUCGGUCCAGAAGCAGGGGCGGGGACCCGCUCCUGCAGCGCGGCGGCGGGGACACGGCCAGAGCCCGGGAAGCUGCUGCGGGGGUGAUGGCCGCGCCGAGCCCGGGGCCCCGCGAGGUCCUGGCCCCCUCCCCAGAGGCUGGAUGCAGACCAGCCACCUCGACCUCUGGCCGCCGUGGCCUCCUCUGGCGUCUACGAGACAAGCAGGCUCGCCUUGGCCUGUUUGAGAUCGGCCCGGGGCAUGAGCUGCACCAGCUGACAUGUAUGAUGCAGGCAGGGCUGUGGGCUGCCACUCAGGUCUCCAUGGACCACCCACCCACAGGACCACCCACCGAGGAGGAUUUCUCCGAGGUCCUGACCCAGGUUCAUGAGGGCUUCGAGCUGGGCACCCUGGCCGGCCCGGCCUUCGCCUGGCUACGCCACUCCCUAGGCCUGGCUGAGGGAGACUAUCAGGCGGCAUUAGGCCCAGGUGGCCCCUACCUGCAGUUCCUCAGCACCUCCAAGAGCAAGGCCAGCUUCUUCCUGUCCCACGAUCAACGCUUCUUCCUGAAGACCCAGCGCCGCCGGGAGGUGCGGGCGCUGCUCGCCCACCUGCCCCGCUACGUGCAGCACCUGCAGCGGCACCCGCACUCGCUGCUUGCGCGGUUGCUGGGAGUGCACAGUCUGCGGGUGGCUCGGGGAAAGAAGAAAUUCUUCAUCAUCAUGCAGAGCGUCUUCUAUCCCGCCGGCCGCAUCUCUGAGAGGUAUGAUAUAAAGGGCUGUGAGGUGAGCCGAUGGGUGGAGCCAGCCCCUGAGGGUAGCCCUCUUGUCCUCGUGCUGAAGGACCUCAACUUUCAAGGCAAGACCAUCGACCUGGGGCCCCAGCGGAGCUGGCUCCUCCACCAGAUGGAACUGGACACCGCCUUCCUCCGGGAGCUCAACGUGCUGGAUUACAGCCUUCUGAUGGCCUUCCAGCACCUCCACGAGGAUGAGAGGGGCCCGGGCAGCAGCCUCAUCUUCCGCACAGCCAGGUCUGUGCGAGGGGUACAGAGCCCGGAGGAGCCGGGAUCCCAGAACCGCCGGCUGCUGCCCGACUCCCCCAACGCCUUACACAUCCUGGACGGGCCGGAGCAACGCUAUUUCCUGGGUCUCGUGGAUCUCUCUACGGUCUACGGGCUCCGCAAGCGGCUGGAGCAUUUAUGGAAGACGCUGCGCUACCCAGGUCGGACCUUCUCCACCGUCAGCCCCGCUCGCUACGCCCGUCGCCUCUGCCAGUGGGUGGAGGCUCAUACCGAGUGACCCGCGCCCGUCGCUCCCUCGCAUCUGGACAAUGGGCACACGCCGGGAACCAGGGUUCCAGUCUGGCCCCGGCGGCGGGUCGGCCUCCCUUCACCUGCUGUUCCUCCCUUUGGCCUCCAGAGGGCAGCAUCCCCUAACUAAUACCAUGACAUCACAGCCUCAUUUGGUGGUGAUGACUGGUUGGCAUUGUGCCAGGGACUCCCCAACAUUAGCUCGAUUAAUCUUCAAAAAAAAAAAAUGCUAUUAUUCUCUUUUUACAGACCAUGAAUUGGAGGCUCAGGGGGUGAAGGUACUGAGCAAGAUCAUUCAGCAAUAAAUGCUGGAACCAGGACUCGACUAUGCCUUUUGGACUCAGGAGCCUGUAUUCUUACCCACCAGCUCCCUUAGCCCUGUCUUCAUGCUCUGGGGAAUGGUGUAGGCUGAAGGCUCCAGCCAAGCCCCUUUGUCGUCCAGAUGGGGAAACUGAGGCCCAGAGACUUUAAUGGGCUUACCCAUGGGAACCUCCAGCCUGGCCUCUGACCCUGGCCCGAUCCAACCAUACCCAAGUGGGCCUCUCCUCUAGAGCUGCUCUGGGGCCUGGCUGUGUGACCAGGGCAAGGUGCUAAACCUCUCUGUGCUUCAGUGGUCAAAUCUGUAAAAUGGAAAGGAUGAAA